AUGUUCGGAACAAGCGGAGGCGGCGCGGCCAGCAGCGGCAGCUUGUUCGGGAGUACUGCAGCUUCCGGUAGCCUUUUCGGCGCAGGCUCAGGUGGCGCUGCCAGCAGCGGCGGUAGCCUCUUUGGAAGCACUGCAGCCUCCAGCGGUGGUAGCCUCUUCGGAGGGAGCGCUGGCUCGGGAGGAAGCUUGUUCGGCGCCGCCCCUGCAAGCAGCGGUGGGAGCCUUUUUGGCGCAGCCACUGGCGGCAGCCUCUUUGGAGCAGGAACUUCAGGUGGUGCCACUAGCAGCGGCGGCAGCCUCUUCGGAGCUACUGCAGCCAAUCCGCUCUUCGGAGCGAGCUCGGGUGGCGCUGCCAGCAGUGGUGGUGGCCUCUUUGGCGGCACUCCGGCCUCUAGCGGCGGGAGCCUCUUCGGUGCUGGCUCGGGUGGCGCUGCCAGCAGCGGUGGAGGACUGUUUGGGGCCACCCCAGCUUCCAGCGGGGGUGGCCUCUUCGGUGCUAGCUCGGGUAGCGCUGCCAGCGGCGGCG